UCUAGGCCGACUCCCAGGAGACCUGAAAUUUGGCCUCCGAGGGGUGCUCUUGGCUGUCUUCGAGGGCACGGCCCGGGCAGUGCAGCCUCCAGUGCACGGUCCCGGCCAAGGCCGGAGUUUGGACAGCGUGUUCUAACGAGCUUCCUGGGGAGACUCGGGGCAGGAAGCCAGGUCCCCGUGCACCAAGUCGGGAGGGCCAGCGGGCUCCUCCGACACCCCAAGAAGCGCGGGGCUCGCGGCGAGAAGUAACUUUGGUGCGGCGGCGGGCGGGGGCGCGGGGCCGCGGCCGUCUCCCCCGAGCCCCCGCGCCUCCACCUGCCGCGUCUCCCCUCCCGCCCCUCCCCCGCGCGCCUGUUCUCCGAGGCUCCGCGUCUCCAUCCACUCCCGCCUCCUGCUCCCGCUUGCCUUUCUCCCCCACUUCACUCCUCCUUUUUUUCCCUCUCUCUCUCUCUCUCUCUUUCUCUCUCCCGUCUCUUCUUUUGUAUUCUCUCCUCCCCAGCCUCCCGGCGGGCUUCCGCGGGGGAGGCGGUAAGCGAGCAGCGCCCGGGGCCUGAGCGGCGGAGAUGGGGGGGUUGGGAGGGAGGCGUUUCUUCAAAUUAACUCCGGGGUAAUUUGGGGAGGUGUUGCCUGUGUGUGCGCGCGCGCGAGUGCUUCAGACGGGAAGGGGUUGCAUCCAUCGCCGAAGCGGCGAGGGUCAGGGUCUUCUUGGACGUGCCUCGCCUGCUGCACAAACCUCCCGGAGCAAGUGUGAGCGCGGGGGAGAGGGCGCGCGCGCGCGCACGGGCUGGCUGCGCUUGGCACGCUUGGAGGCCCGGGGCCCCGGGGGCCCGGGGACCCGCCUGGCGGCCCGGGAUUACCGUGACGUCACAUCGAGUCUCUGGCCACCUUGGACUGGGACACCUCGGGAGCCGCACAGCGCCGAGCCGCGCCUCACCUGGCCUCGCCACCGCGCGCCUUUGGUGACCUGUACCCUCUCCCUUCCCCUGCCCAUCCAUGGGCCCUUCCGUCUUCUGGACCACGCGAGCCGCAGAGGCGUCUUGUGGAGCGCAGAGCUCGGUGGCGGGGCUACCCUCGGCUCUGCCUCCCUUCGCGCCCAGCGCGCGGAGGUUCGGCCGCUGGGCACCCGCCGUGGUGUAAGGAACCGAGGCGGCGCACGACUGAAGGUGCAGACCCUGGGGGCCAGAGAAGAGGAAAGCAGGCCAGGGACAGACACCAUGUCCUUCCCGCACUUUGGACACCCAUACGGCAGCGCUUCCCAGUUUCUGGUGUCUGCAAGUUCCGGCGCCACUUGCUGCGACACGGCCCCGCGCUCCGUCCCCGACGUAGCUGCAGGCUCCGCGCCGGCGGCCGCGCUCUGCUGCGCCCCGUAUGAGAACCGGCUGCUAGGCAGUGCGCGACCCGAGCUGGGGGCGGCCUUGGGCAUCUACGGAGCCCCCUACGCGGCCGCAGCCGCUGCCCAGAGCUACCCCGGCUACCUGCCCUACACCUCCGAGGCGCCCGCGCUGUACGGAGCGCUGAAUCCACAGUACGAAUUCAAGGAAGCUGCCGGGAACUUCACUCCAGGCCUGGCACAGGCAGGAGCUUACUACUCCUAUGAGCCUACUCUGGGGCAGUACCAAUAUGACCGGUAUGGAGCUGUGGAACUGAGUGGCUCGGGCCGCAGGAAGAACGCCACGCGCGAGACCACCAGCACGCUCAAGGCCUGGCUCAACGAGCACCGCAAGAACCCCUACCCCACCAAGGGCGAGAAGAUCAUGCUGGCCAUCAUCACCAAGAUGACCCUCACCCAGGUGUCCACCUGGUUCGCCAACGCGCGCAGGCGCCUCAAGAAGGAGAACAAGAUGACGUGGGCGCCCAAGAACAAAGGCGGAGAGGACCGGAAGUCAGAGGGCGGGGCAGAGGAGUCGCUGAGUUGCCUAAAUUGUGACUCCAAAGAUGUGACUGCCCGCCCAGAGGCUCGAGGGCUCCGGCUGAGUGACCUGGAAGACCUGGAGGAAGAAGAGGAAGAGGAGGACGCCGAAGAAGAGGAGGCAGUGGCCGCAGCCACGAGCAGGCUGGCCGCGUUCCACAAGGACACGCAGACGCUGCUAGCACCCUGCGCCGCCGCCGCUCCAGAGGACGCGCUGAAGCGCAGGGCGUGCGUCCUGGCGGCGCCCCAUUUCUCCUGCAGUGAGCCCCGCGGGUCUGGAGAAGCAGACUUCCUCCAGGCCGAGCCCGAGGGCCCCACGUUGACAGUGCACUACGCACCCAGCCCCAAACCCCGCAUCUGGUCUCUGGCGCGCACGGCAGCCGCCAGCGCCUUGGAAGGUGCCCCCAGCCCGCCCACACCGCGCAGCCCUGAGUGCCGCCGUCUGAUGCCCAGAGAGCUGCCAGGUUUGGGCACCAGACCGGCGAUCUCCAGAGAGUCCGCGUGCGAAGAGCCUCCCCGAGUAGCCAAAGCCUUUGGAAUGGCCACGUUUGCGCUGCAGCGGCCGCCGCAGAACUGUCCGCUGCCUUGCGCGCGGUGGGGGAACCCAGCAGUGCCAUGCCAGUACCCCUCCUCCGGAGCUGAAGCAGGUUAGCGCCUUGGCUGCGAUUUGCAGGGGGAGACUUGGACAGGAGCCCUACUUUUCGAACGCACCUCCACGCUAAGAAGUUGGGGACUUCACCAGGGAUAGGGACUACUCGCACUUCGCCAAGAGAGAGAGAGACAGAGACACAGAAUCCCUCCUCCCAGCCCUAUCUUGCACGCUGAGCUGGAAUCCUGAGCUCCCCGGAGGAGGAUGCCUGGGGAGGGGCGGGGAGGGAAAGGCUUAGGGGUCUGCCCCUCCAGACACACCUCCUGGACCAGUCUCCUCUGGACUCUGGGUCCAAAGCUGCUCCCCCUCUUCCUGCUCACUCCUCCGCCCCUCACUUUGUAACUUCAGUGCGGACCACAAGCGUCUUCUCCCUCCCCAGCCUCUCGUCUUGUCCUUAAAAAUAUU